AUGGUCACUACAGGAGUCGACAUCGUCACCGGAAUUUGGAAGUACCAGUAUGCGUCCAGUCUUAUGAAGAUGAGCACGUCGGCGAACAUGUUCAAGAUUUUGAAGGUGGCCGUAGCAGAAAACCGACGUGCUCAACUUGCUCGGUCUCGGGACCACACCUACCGACCUCGUUUGGACUUCUUCGACCGAAAAUAUCCGGAGGUCGUGGUGGAAGGAAACUUAUUUAUUGUAUGCAUCAACACCCUUUAUUUUGUUUUCCUUCCCCUCCAGAAUGGCAUCCUGCACUACUGUGGCUUCCAGGUUCUGGCUCCUCAGAUCUUCUGGGCCCCGUCUCACGUUCCCUCUGAGGCACGCGGUACCAUGCUGGAGGGCUGGCGCACGCGCAUGCAAGGCCUCCUGGGAGAAAACCCACUUGCUUUCACUCCCUUGGACUGCUUUGAUGGGGAGAAGGGUUACCAGCUGAAGCCUGAGGUCCAUGAGAAACAUGCCGCCAAGGAGUUUGGACUGACCGUGGGGAUCCACCUGGGCAAGGCCCUGCCACCCAACAACCAGAUGAAAGCUGGAGUCUGAAGAGUGAAUGACUGUUGUUUGUUUCAAUGAUGAUAAAUAAAAGCUGGUUAAUAUGUUCUGAA